AUGCUUUCCUCGGUUUCUUCAUCUGCCUUCAACACAAUCUCGAGACGAUUCCUUGCCACAGUUCGCGGUGGCCAAAUUGCUAGUGUUGCUGCCAAAACUGUCACUGUAGCCUUGGAGGACGGCUCUCAAGCUACUGUUCCCCGUCCUGUUGGUAUUGACAAUCAGUGGUUCCUCCCUGGUAGUCAUGCAGUGUGUGUUGACGACAAGUUGGGUAUGGUCACCAACCCUGAAGGAGCUGUACUAAAGUUCGAAUGCAUCCAUCCCGAGUUGAAUGGAGAUGACCUGUGCCCUGAUUGCCCUCGCCGGAAGUUCGAGGCGAAGAAGAGUGAUUAG